UCGCAAUGUUAAAGGACAAACAUUGUAGUAAGAAAUUCACAAACUACAUUUAAUAACAAACCAAAGAAAAUGAAGGAGAAGUGCAGGGUUUGCUUGCUGAAGCACCAGAACAUGGUCCACAUAUUUGAGGGCCAAAAUACACAGGAUCUCGGAAUAUCCCUGGCGGAUAUGAUUUCGGAAUCUACCGGCUUCCCAGUUGCCGAGGGCGACCGUCUACCAGAAUACAUUUGUGUGCUUUGCCUGCAAGACAUGACAAGUACAUUCAGGGCCAGGGCAACCUACGAGACCAACCAGCAGUACGACUGCCAGGUCAAGGAGGAAAUCAUCGAGGAGGAUUUCGUGGAGGCUGAGGAUUACAAUGGACAGGUCUGCGAGUCUUAUUACGAAGAGGAAACCGAUAACUUUGCUUGCCACGUGAAGAACGAACCCUUAGAAGAAGACUUUGCAGGGGAAAGCAUAGCCAAAACUUCAGGCACUCCAAAAGACCAAUGGAACAGUGAAAGCAACGAAGUGGAAGCUGGGAAUAAUUUAAAAGAUGUGGAUUAUGACCCUGCCAAGGAAGAACUUCCGUUCAAAUGUGUUCGUUGUCCCAAGAGAUUUCGGAGCAGGUACUUUCUUAAUCUUCACAGAAAAGAUCACACGAAAAAACAGGAACAGGAACAGCAGGCGUCAUGUGACCACUGCUCCAAAGCCUUUCCUACUUCAGCACAAUUGAGGAAGCACAUGCUGACCCACACCGGUUUAAGGCCACAUAAAUGUACGCAAUGUCCCAAAUCCUUUUUCAACAAUUCCAAUCUUCAAUCACACCUGCGCAUUCAUACUGGGGAGCGGCCAUUCAAGUGUUCCAAAUGUCCCAAAACAUUUAUACAAAAAACUCACCUCGUUAAUCACCACCGCACUCACACCGGGGAACGUCCCUAUAAUUGCUCAAAAUGUCAGAAAUCUUUUAUACAGCCCGCUAAUCUUCAAUCGCACAUCAGAGCCCACUGCCAGCAGUCAUCAAGACCCCAGAGAAAUACGAAAACCAGGAAGCAAACUAUAACAGAGGAACCAAUAUUUAAUUGCUCCCAUUGCUCCCUGUCCUUUGCCAGUCAAGAUGCUCUCCUCAAGCACAUGGACACUCACAAUGCCCUGUUUGAGGAAGAAGUUUGCCAGAUGUCCGAAAACGAAGUCGAUCCAUUCCAUGACAUCGAAGUGGAUAUAUUUGACGACAAUGAUAACGAUGUUAGGCUAGAAAAUUCAGAGGACACAGCGGACAACAGCAAUGAUGGGCAAGGCUCUGUGUUUAAAUGUCCUCAUUGUCCAAAGGUUUGCUGGCGCAGUCAUGAUCUUAAGGCCCACUUACAAAAUCAUUUUGAGGAACCUAAAAAGUGCCCCCACUGCCCGAAAUUUUUCAGUACCGGAUCGACGUUUAGGAGACAUUUGCGGACUCAUACGAAGGAAAAAAAGUUUGCGUGCGCCUAUUGCCCAAAGGUCUUCAGAAAUCAGGCGCAGCUUAAGGAGCACACUCGAACUCACACCGGAGAACGUCCAUAUCAGUGCCCGAAUUGCCCGCAGUCAUUUGCCUAUAAUUCCGUUCUGAAAAAACACAUACGUACCCACACUGGCGAGCGGCCGUUCUGGUGCAGCGAAUGCGAUAAGUCCUUUUUACAAAUGGAUCAUCUUAAGCUACACACUCUUAGGCACCACACCGAAAAACCCCCCACUAAGAGGGAAGCUCCAAAGCACACGUGCAGCGAGUGCUUGAAGACAUAUUCAAGCCCGAGAUCGCUGAGGAGACACAUGAUGAUCCACACAAGGAAAAAAGUAUACAAUUGCAACGAUUGCUCAGAGAACUUUAUUGGAAAAGAAGCUUUUACCAAUCACGUAUUGAUUGAACACACCAAAAAGGAAUUCGUCAGUAAGGCUCAGGAACACACGCAUAACUGCCUACUCUGCCCGAAAACGUUUUCAAAUGAACACAGUCUUAAAGACCACACUCUCACACACUGUGUGAAAAAGCGUCUAACGUGCUCACAUUGUCCGGAAACAUUUGCGAACCAAAAAACACUUAGAAUGCACCUUCGCAUUCACACGGGGGGCAAGCCCUUUGGCUGUCCCAAGUGCAAUAAAAGGUUUUUAAGAGGCGACUACCUUGCGAAGCACAUCAGUAGACGUCAUGAGAUAAAGAAGAAGCCCUCCGAACCAGAAGGGGAUCCACCCACAUGCGAGAUUACAAUAAAGGAGGAGAAUCUCAGUGCGCUUGAAGAGCUUUAAAAAUCCACUGGGUUUGUAUUACAUUUAAUGGUAAUUUACUUUAUAUAUGUAAAUAAAUGUGUUACAAUGUUUUA